AUCCUUCCACUUUCAAACGAUCGCAACACAAUCCAAAGAACGACGCGGGGGAGCGAGCGAUAAAGCCAGAACAAGAGGAGCGAUCCAGAGGAGAAGACGAAAGAGUCAGGGGAGCUGCUAAGGACCGAUGGCCGACCCCAGCUAUUGGAUAGGGAUGGACAUCGAAACCUCCGUCACGAUGCUCGUCAUCGGUCUCGCCACCGCCGUCGUGAGCGUGUGCCUCUUCUUCAUUUUCAUGUGCAUCGUGCAAUGGUGGUACUCGCCACGGAUGCGCGUCUUCAGGCUCGGCGGCGUCACCACCCUGAGGCAGAACCUGGACUACACCUGCACCCUGUGCCAAAACAGCAUGGAGGCCGGCGAGAAGGUCCGCACGCUCUCCUGCGACCACGUGUUCCACUGCGGCGGCAGCGUCAAGUGCGAGGGAAUCGACCACUGCCUUCGCACUGGACCGAUGGAGCGCUGCCCGACCUGUUACCGGGUUCCCCAUCCCGUGCCCUGGAAGCGGACACCGCCACCGUCGCCACCAGCACCUACACCUUCACAGGGAGCAUUGGCGGCAGCGCUACCACCUUUGCGGCUCCCGUUGUCGACGCGGGAUUUGGACGAGGCGCUGCUGCGUUGGGAGCAAAUCCAGAAACUAGCGGAAGCGUCGUCAUCAGCAUCGCUGCAUCGGCGCCACCCGCGGACGUCGACGUCGGACAAGGAGGAGGUGUUGCCGCUUCCGGCGGACGACGAGAUACUACCUGAGGCGCCGUCAUCGCAGUAGACACGCGUGCGUGAUCAAGCCUGGAUGGGACGGUGUUGACACAGCACGUCCUGUGUGCGGCGAUCUCGAACUGGGUCAGUUCGUGGAGAUGUUCUUCUAGGAUUCUUUCGUCAUUUUGUUUUCUGCUUCGUUGAAACUGAUCGAGGGUAGUGCGUCUUUCUGAUGGUCAGAGACUCAGGACCAGUUCAUCAAGUACUCCUUAGUUGUUUCCGCUUUUGCUUCCUUCGAACUCAUCGAGCUUAGCUGCGUUCCUGCUCUUUUGUUAGGACUUCAGAGUUGAGUCCACCUUAAUGAACCAAAUGUCUGAAUGCCAAUGAACGAUGACUUGUUAGUUCUUACAUCAGCAUGAAUAGAUCCUUGGUUUUCAUUGCUCUUAUACUCUGUCUCAAUGUGAGAAUGAUUUCAGUA